CUGUCUGGGAGCAGCCAAGAGAAGAGAUUUGCAGGAGCUUGGGAAGUAAUGCUGAGAAUUACAGAAAGUUAACUGGGGGGGAAUGAAAGAAAGAAAGAAAGAAAGAAAGAAAGAAAGAAAGAAAGAAAGAAAGAAAGAAAGAAAGAAGGAAGGAAGGAAAGAAGGAAAGGAAGGAAGGAAGGAAGGAAGGAAGGAAGGAAGGAAGGAAGGAAGGAAGAGGGAAGCCCUGUAAUUGUCAAGUCACAGCAUGUUGUGUGUGCUCAGCUGUGUGUGGGUUAAAUGAGCAGGAGAAGGAGUCUCUAAAGAAUCGUUAAGUUUGAUGAUGGUUAGAUUUUUUUUCCCCUGAGUUAAAUUUCCAGUGCAUUUCAACAGAGAUGGUUGACUAGCAAAUGCUUACCGGGUCACCUCUGUUUUGUCUCUCUGUAAUUUGCAGGCUAUUCAGAAAGGUUCUAAAAUGCAUUCAUUUGGGGAUUCACAGGAGGGGAGUUGCUAUUUACCUCUGCUGAUGAGAGUGCAUCUAUGCUAUCCUGCUAGCUCUGAAAACAAGGAGAUAAAGCAUGCCCAUAUACAAAAGUAAACAGUGGGCCACCAAACUAGAAACUAAUUAGAAAGUGACUGGUCCAUCUGACUCACUGCCUGGGGCAUGGAUGGCUCCAAGCUGCUGAAAAGAAUGUGUUCCCACUUUGCACUUAAUUACAGUUGUCACGUUUGUGUAUUGUCAUCCUCAAAGCCCUUCCCAAACACUCUGUCUCUCUGAAACCUGCAAAUUAUCCAGAAUUAUGCACAUGCAUAUAUAUGUGUGCAUAAUGUUUAUUUUUGCUGACUAUCACUGGCUUUGAAAGAGUAUCAAUUUCCACAGAUAAGGAAGUCAUCCUAGGAGGUCACAAGCAGGUUUUCAGUGCAUAGUGGAAAUUCUUGAAGGGUGUCAUUUGACAGAGGAAAGGUGCUCAACCUUGAUUGCACAGCCCCUCUCUGAGACCUCAGAGAGGAAAGGCUGUCACUAACUGAAUUCUUAUAUAGGGGGUGCUUCCUAUGACUGGCUGACUAAGGACGAUCCUUCAAGUUUGAUUAAUUUGGCAAUAUGAAAUGCAGCAUAAGGUGUUGUUUGGGAAAUUGGACAAUAUGUAGCGCCGUUGAGCUUCUGUAGCUCCUGAGAUGCUCAUAGGUGCAGAUAAGACUGUCAAAGUUUCAGUGCCUGAGAAAAGGUAUAUGCUCGCCCAUAUAAAUACACACACCACCUGUAUAUACAUAUUCAUCAGUGCUCCGGCAAAUGCCACAAUGGGAUCUUAGGAGGCAAAGCAAUACUGUAAAUUAUGGCUUGCUUGUAGGGUACAUACACAGACCUUGCCUCUGAAACUCGUUCUGGCUGAAGACAUGGUGCCUUCUGAAAUUCAAGUCUAGUCAGAAAGAGCCAUCCUAUCGGGAGAUUACAACAUGCCUCUGAGAAAUGAUUACUUAGUUUAGAAGGCAGCAUUGCGAUUAAAAAUUCAUGACUGUAGAAUUAAAAAAAAAAAAAAAAAAGAGCCCACUCUUUUCUUCCAGGCUUAUGUCAGACUUGCAAUGAAGUUAGAAUGAGCAAGUCUACAGCUACUGAAUGCCUGGGAAAACUAGUUCAUAGAUCUUUGUGUAAAACUGAGUAUCUCCAUGGGCAUGUAAUGUUUAAGUCUGCCUAGUUAACAGUGACAAACUUUAUUUUUGCAUUUUGGGCAAUCAUUGACCUCUGACAGAACUUAAGGGACAUAUUUAUGAGCUUCUGGGAAAGGUCUUCAAUUCUACUCCCCAUCAUGACCUCUACAGGAACGUUCCUUCUAGCCAGCCAAGUAGCAAAAGAACAGGACGACAUCUGAGCUGUCCCUUCCCUCCUCCGUGGGCCAUACCGCUCCGGGGGCUUGACGCCAGGGGUAACCUGUUCUCAUCUGAUGUUCUCUUUAGAGAAUGGCAAUGGUCUCUGCAAUGUCCUGGGCCCUGUACUUGUGGAUAAGUGCUUGUGCGAUGCUGCUCUGCCAUGGGUCACUCCAACACACCUUCCAGCAGCAUCACCUGCACCGGCCAGCUCUCUUCUUGAUCUUCUGUGGGCUGCUGGAAGAAGAAAAACCCCUAGGAACUUCCCUACUCUCGUUUGCAGAAGGAGGGACCUGUGAAGUGAUCGCGGCCCACAGGUGUUGUAACAAGAACCGCAUCGAGGAGCGGUCACAAACAGUGAAGUGUUCCUGUUUACCUGGGAAAGUGGCUGGGACAACAAGAAACCGACCUUCCUGUGUGGAUGCCUCCAUAGUAAUUGGGAAAUGGUGGUGUGAGAUGGAGCCCUGCCUAGAAGGAGAAGAAUGUAAGACACUCCCUGACAAUUCUGGAUGGAUGUGUGCUACAGGCAACAAGAUUAAGACUACACGAAUUCACCCAAGAACCUAACAGAAGCAUUUGUUAUAUAAAUAGGAAAAAGAACAACCUGUGGAAUAUACGUUGUGAGGAUUUAAAACAUCUUCCAUAGUUGCAAGCCAAGUGGAUCUCUUAUCUGCACUUUGGUUACCAGAUAACCACAGUGCACUUACUCUGAUACACAGUAUCCCAAAAGAAGAAGACUCGGGAUUUUCUGGCAACAUCAAGGAAAAUGGCUUUUAAAAAAAAAUGAGUUUUCUCUGUGAAAUUUGGAGGAUCAUGAAGAACGAUCAACUGUCUUCUAAUUUGGAACUAACAUUACUUUGUACCAUUUGAAAUAUAUAUGUAUAUAUAAUAUUUUGAAAUAUUAUAUAUUCUCUUCAAGAAAUGAACAGUACCACAAUGUGAGGUGGCUGGUGUAUCCCUUUCAGUUUUGGAUGUUUGGUCGGUUUUGUUUUGUUUGCCAUUCCUUUUUCUCUCGGUAAGGAAGAUACAUGCCCAUGUGAAAAUCCAACAUGGCACUCUCCCUGGAAGGCCAGCUGCAAGCCGACUCCUGGAAGCUGAGGCAUCCUAACAGUACUGAGUCAAGAGCUUCCCCCUGUUUCUACCUGGUGACCCAAGGAAGCUCCUUGUCUUGAUUUAUUGCUUUCUAUCCUGUGCAAUAUUAGCAUGCAAGCUUGGCUUACAUAAUCAUACUUUAUAUUCGAUUGAUAUAUAAUAACCGUUCUAACCUCUUCCAGGAAAAUAUUUUUAGAACUACUAGCUUUUCCACAGAUAAGCAAAUGGGGAUUCUUGAGGGAGCUGCUCCACCGUGCUAUUAAGACUCUGGCAGGAUGGUAGGAUGUAGAUCCCUAUAUUAAUAAGUCCUGUAAAUACAGUGUCUUAGGGCUUUGUAUAGCUGUCCUAGACUACAGAAGUGUCCUCUGAUUAAAUCCAAAGUCUGCCAUUGUUAACUCCAUAGUGCUGUAGCGACACGUUUUAUCAUGGCGCCUCUUUCUAUGUUUGCUUUGCUUUUUCCUAGAGUGUUCAUCUCUCCUCUGAUGAGAUAGGAAAGCUAUGGAAGCAAUUAGGUUUCCCAAUGAUCUAUGUGACCAAGUGUUGGACAGCCCUAUUAAAGUGGUAAAUAACUUCUUUCUUAACCCACUCGUCCUCUUUGUCUGCCAUUUAGUUUUAUAGACUCUCUUUUAACUAAACCGAGAGAUCACGAGACUACGGAGGCUAUUAUUUCCAACAAUAAUAUUUUUGAAACUUAGAAACUCAUUAAUAUGAUUGUAGUAAAAUAUCCAAUUACAAUUUCUGGGAUUCCAUGUGGGUCACUCUGAUAAUAUAUAUGGGGCUCACACACACACACACACACACACACACACACACACACCAAUGAGAGGUAAAAAACAACAAAAACCUAAAAUCCAUUAUCCCUGUCUUUUUCGAGUUACUGAGCUGAGAGGUAAGAGGUAAACACCUACUUAAGGUCUAGUUUUCCUGGGGAAAAUUUUAAUGGGAUUUUACACUCCGAUGUCAUCUCACAACUGCAGGGUUUUUUUUUUCUUCCCAAAUUAUUCUCUGUCAUCUGUGUUUUUAGAGCCUCUUAGUAAAUCACAGCACUGUAGUCCCUAAGUCUGUACUUUUUAGGAUCAAACUUCAAGUAAAACUCAAGAUUACCUCUUAUUAUACCCAGAAAGCCUGAAGUUUAAUUGAAUGUGUGAAGUUCUAACCAAAAAAAAAAAAUUUUUUUUUUGAUUCUGUAUUGUGAAGGCCUGUAAAAUGAAUGCAUCUAGAGAUAGAAAUAGAAUCCGUACUGUAAAAUUGAGACUUCCAAAUGCUUUGGUGGAUAUUUGCUAAAAGAUAACAAAAUCUAUACCAGUAUCCAUGUGUGGUGGCAAGUGAUAGCUAGGCAUCAUUUGAGAUCCCAGUACUUGAAACAUGGAGGUAGGAAGAUUGCAAGUUCAAAGUCAGCCUGGGAUACAAAGCAAGACCCCUGCCCCAAAACAAAGAAAACCAUUUGUGACAGCACUCAUUUCUUAGUUACAGCACUGAUUCAAGGGCCAAGCAAUAUGCUGGUAAAAACAACCUUUCAUAUGUCAACUUCAGAUUAAAAUUAAAACCAUGAACUCUCAGAAUUAUACACUUGAGGAAAAAUUAAAAUAGAAAUAUUUGCCACAGAAUUUAGUAGAACCUUUAGUAUACCCAAAGAUGGUAUCACAUCAAGGAAGAUUAGAACAAGAGAGCCUGGUUCAAAACAAAAACAAGUAAGUAAAUCAGGAUUCCAGCAUGGCGGGGCAUCAUUGUGAUCAAUAGGGGAUCAUGUGAAAUGGGAGCCUACAGAAAUUUACUUCUAGGUGAAUUUACCAUAACCACAUUGCCAUAUCUUCAGAUUUUUGGGAAAUGCAGAAAUCAAGAGCUUUGCAUAAAAGUCCCUAACAGUCCUAAUAAAUAAGCCAAGUUCAUUAAAAUGGC